AUGAAGACUAACGAUGAUUUUGACAUGCGUGUUCUGUACGAGCCUCUUGGAGGAAUUGAAAAACUGGAGAACUAUCGGACAGGGGGCUAUCACCCCGUUCAAAUCGGUGAUCACCUCCACCGUCGAUAUCGAGUUGUCCACAAGCUGGGACAUGGGUCUUAUUCAACCGUGUGGCUGGCCCAUGAUGAUCAGUCGAAUAAAUACAUGACAGUGAAGGUUUGCACAGCAAAUUCGAAUCUAAAGGAAGUGGAUAUUAUAUCCGCUCUCACUCAUCCUCGCUGUCCCCCAGUAAACCAUCCCGGGAAGAUGAUGAUCCCUGCGAUUCUAGACAGGUUCAUCAUCCAGGGCCCAAAUGGUACUCAUGCCUGCUACGUCACAGCACCUGCGAGAGCUAGCCUCUCUGGAGUGAAAGAUGGUUCAUGGAGCCGCUUAUUCCAGCUUGAUGUAGCCCGAAUUGUCCAUGGAGACCUUCACCUCGGCAACAUUCUUCUCCAGGUACCGCCCGAUUUUGACCAGCUCUCAGUCCAGCAAUUGUAUGAGAGGUAUGGAGCACCGGGACUAGACCCGGUUCUUCGUUUAGAUGGCAGUCCGCUUCCGCGUGGUGUCCCAUCCCACGGCAUUGCGCCCAUAUGGCUGGCGGAAGCGAGUGAGAAAAUCACACUUUCAGAAAGCAGGAUCUUGCUUGCAGACUUUGGAGAGGCCUUUUCCCACUCGAAAGAAUCGAAAUACAAAUCCUACACCCCGCUUGUCAUCCGUUCCCCCGAGGCGUACUUUGAACCAAACACCGCUCUAUCUUUCUUAUCAGAUAUCUGGACUCUUGCCUGUACCAUCUGGUCCAUCAUCGCGCAGCGGCCACUGUUUGAAGGGUUUCUCAUGACUCAGGACGACAUGACCUGCGAGCAUGUCGACGCUCUUGGUGUUUUGCCAUUUGAAUGGUGGAAGAGCGUGCAACAGCCCAGACGAAAGCGUGGCAUCCCGUCGCUUGAUGCAAGGGAGAGGGAAGCUUUCUUCCACAUGCUGCGGUCAAUGCUCGCCUUCCGACCUGGGGAUCGCCCGACUACCAAGCAAAUUCUCGAGUCGGAAUGGAUGGUGAAAUGGGCUCUGCCUGAAUAUCAGGAUAAUAUAUGCCCAUGAUCAAGACGACAGACGACAUUAUCUACUCAAGGGAAAUACAACUCCAUACAUACUUAAUAA